AUGGGGAACUCGCCAAGUAGUCACAAGAUAUCUGCCCAGGAUAAGGCCAUCCUGGACAUGAAGAACCAGCGCGACAAGCUACACCAAUACCAGCGGCGCAUCACCGUGCUCACCGAUCGCGAGAAAUCCAUAGCGAAGGAGAUGCUGGCAAAGGGGAACAAAGAGAAAGCACUGUUAGCGUUACGGCGGAAGAAGUACCAAGAGUCCCUGCUGGCGAAGACGGAUGCGCAGCUGGAACAGCUGGAGAAGCUGACCAGCAGUGUGGAGUUUGCGCUGGUGCAGAAGGAUGUGGUAUUCGGUUUACAGCAGGGCACGAAUGUGCUCAAGGAGAUACAUAAGGAAAUGGGUGGAUUGGAGCAUGUGGAGAAGCUGAUGGGCGAUACGGCGGAGGCCGUUGCGUAUCAGCAGGUCAGUAACUUGGGAUUGGUAUAUGGUAUCUGGCUAAUGUUUGUACAGGAGGUGAGUGAUAUGCUGGGAGGUCAAAUAUCGAAUCAGGACGAAGAUGAGGUCGAGGAUGAGCUUGAGGCUCUCGAAGCAGAAGUUACCGGAGUACCACUUCCCGCGGUUCCUACGACUGAGCUACCUAGCGAAGCCAAGAAGCAGAAAGAAAUAGCCAGGCGGCGAGAAAGGGAACGGGAGAAGGAAGAGCGUACAGCUAUGUUUGCAUGA